UGGUCGACGCAGGCUCUCGAGGCACCUGCUGCACCUGAAGAAAGUUUGGCAGCCGUUUGGAAGUUUAAGUGGGCCGUUCCACUGUGCAGUUCUGGAGAGGGGGGCGGGGACUUCCAGCUCCGAGCGGUCAGACAGGGAGAACCCGCGCGCGAGGCAGGAUUCCACCUGUUUAGAGGUGAGAGUGGAUUCUUCCAGGAACAUCCUCCUCCAAGCGCUCAGAGGAAACUUUCUAACUUCUGCCGCGUUUUCCUAAGAAAUGAACAUAUUCCGCAUGAAACGACCACAAAUUCAGAGAGUUUGACCCGGAAAGUUGCUGGUGAAAAAAUGACGUCGAAGCGGAGCCGGGAGGAACUUUCGGAAGUCGACAUAUGCGACGGAGGUUCGUGUUCUGAGGAGGAGAGCGGCGUGUUUGUGAGCGCCUCUCUCCAGGAGGACUUCUCCGGCUUCCAGAGGUGGACCUCCGAGUGUCCGAAUGACACAUCAUCACCUCCGGGAGAGCGGGCCUCCGUCCCCGCCUCCCAAAGGAGCAGCGCGGCAGGUGGCUCCGCAGCCUGGGAGGAUGGGCUGAAGCCUCCCAAGACCUCCAUCGUGGACUGUCUGCUGGUGGAGCUGUACGAGACGUACAGCGGAGGCGGCAGGAGGAGCGCGGACAGCUGGGACAGCUCCACCGAGGCGUCCGGCUCCGACGCCUUCCUGGGGAGGAGCAACUCCGGCUCCAGCUUCCUCCAGGAGCUGCAGGAGAAGCAAACCCGGAGGCACCAGAUGAACUACCUGGCCCAGAAAGAUCUGGAGGAGCUGCGUUCGAUAAUCCAGGAGGUCAAGUACCGCAGCGGUCUGCAGUCGGCCAAACUGAUCCGGCAGCUGAGGAGGAGAGACCGCCUUCACCACAAGCUGCAGAAGAACUACGACAUCGUGACGGCGUGCCUCCAGGCCGCGUCGCAGAAGAGACGAGUUGACACGAGGUUGAAGUUCACAAUCGAGCCGUCGCUGGGAAAGAACGGAUUCCAGCAGUGGUACGACGCUCUCAAAGCCGUGGCCAGACUUCCCACUGGAGUGCCGAAGGAAUGGAGGAAAAGAGUCUGGCUGACGCUGGCAGACCAGUACCUCCACAGCAUCUCCAUCGACUGGGACAAGACGCUGCGCUUCGCCUUCAACGAGCGCAGCAACCCAGACGACGACUCGCUCGGCAUCCAGAUCGUCAAGGAUCUGCACCGGACCGGCUGCAGUUCCUACUGCGGCCAGGAGGGGGAGCAGGACCGGGUGGUGCUGAAGCGAGUUCUGCUGGCGUUCGCCCGCUGGAAUAAAACCGUGGGUUACUGCCAGGGCUUCAACGUGCUGGCCGCCCUGAUUCUGGAGGUGACGGAGGGCAGCGAGAGCGACGCCCUGAAGGUGAUGAUCUACCUGAUUGACAAAGUUCUGCCUGAAAGUUACUUUGCCAACAACCUGCGAGCGUUAUCAGUGGACAUGGCGGUGUUCAGAGACCUGCUGCGCCUGAAGCUGCCCCGCCUGUCGCAGCACCUCCACCACCUUCAGAAAACAGCCAACAGGGAAGCUGGAGGCAGCUACGAGCCGCCUCUCACCAACGUUUUCACUAUGCAGUGGUUUCUCACCAUGUUCGCCACCUGCCUGCCGCCUCACACCGUCCUGAGGAUCUGGGACUCGGUUUUCUUCGAGGGUUCGGAGGUUCUGUUCCGGGUCGCCCUCGCCAUCUGGGAGAGGCUUGGAGAGCGGAUCGAGGACUGUCAGACUGCAGACGAGUUCUACAGCACCAUGGGGGGCCUCACGCAGGAGAUGCUGGAGCAGAACCUGAUCGACGCCACAGAACUCAUGCAGGAGGUUUACUCCAUGGCGGCGUUUCCUUUCCCCCAGCUGGCCGAGCUGCGGGAGAAAUACACGUACAACAUCACUCCGUUCCCGACCUCCGUGAAGCCCAACGGCAGCGGCGGUCUGGGCGGCUGGGACAGCGAUGACGACGUGGACAUGGACGAUGAAGACUCCAUGGUGACGGCGCUCGGCUGUCUGGGGCCCCUGGGGGGUCUGCUGGCCCCCGAACUGCAGAGAUACCAGAAACACCUGAAAGAUCAGAGAGCCGAGAACGGGAGCAUCGCCGAGCUGAGCCCCGGCGCGGUGGGGGCUGGAACGGGCGGAGGGGGCGGAGCCAAGGCGGAGCAUCAGUCCACCAUCAACAGCAUGAUGAUGGAGAGGAUGAGCACUGACAUCUACGCCCUCAAGAAGCAAUACUCGCGCAUCAAGAGGCGGCAGCAGGCGCAGACCAUGCACCUCUACAUCGGGACAGGAGCUGGACCCAAUCUGGCCACGAGUCAGCGGGUUCCGCAGAAGGACUCGAACUCUCAGAGCGACGGUUCUGAGCGCCAAGCUGACGAAAAGUGUCCAGCGACCCGUGUCUUGGCCUCCCAGCUCAACCCCUCCAGCGCGGUGGUCAACCACCUCCUCCUGGGCCGGAAGCCUCGCUCCGCUCCUCGCAGCUGCAGGUUGACGUCCGCCAGCCUCGCCACGCUCCCCGGGUCCGGCCCCGCCUCCCUGCCCCGCAGCCCCGGGUCUCCGUCACGUAAACGCUGCAGCUCGCUCCUCUCCAACAGCACCGGAUCCCCGGGCAGCUCCAGAGGAGGCCCGCGUUCUCCGUGGCGAGCUUACGUCCGACAGCACCGGAAGAACAUCAGCCGAGCUCGCGCUCAGCUGGGGUUCGGGGAUUCGGAGGAGCGCGAGGAGGAGGAGGAGCAGAGGGAGGGCAGUGACUCUCCUGACGACUGUGCAAAUGAGAAGGUGGGGGUGGAGGAGGUGGUGGUCCAGAUGGACUCCCUGGAUUUGAAAAACGAAGAUGACUCCGCCCCUCCUCCCAAACCGGCAGAACCCGACAUUCCUCUCCUCCCACCUCCUCCGCCCCCACACAAACACGAGGAGUCCUCCUCCAGUCCAGAAACCUCCAGACCGCCGACGCCUCCUCCCGCCUCCUCCUGCGUCCCUCCUUCUCCGUCCUUCUCUCCUCCCCUCACCUCCACGCCGUCACCGGACUCCACGCCCCGCCUCCCCUCCUCCUCUUCAGCCAAUGGCUUCUCCCCUCUCUCUCCUCCUCCUUCCUCUCUCUACAAGUCUUGCUCGCCCUCCACCCCCUCCCUUUGCUCCGCCUCCUCCUCCAGAUCCAACAUCUCGUCGUCCGCGUCGACCCCCGCCCUCUCCGCCGCCCCCGCCGUCCGGCAGCAGGUCUUCUGCCCGUUCCCGAGCGUCAAGCAGCCCAGGAAGUCUCAGGCGGCGCGGAACCUGGGCCUGUAUGGACCCACGUCCAGAACCCCGGCGGUGCGGUUCCCCCAGCUGAGCCGCGGCCCGACCCGCAGCAGUGGCGCCGGGACCACCGGCCGGCGCUGAGCGCCAGCGUGCCUCUGAAGCAGCAGCAGAUCCUGCUGGAUUUAAGGCAAUCCUCAGAGGCUCCGCCCACCCGCAGACGCCACUUCCGUUCUCUGGAGUUCCUGCUGCUUCAAAGCUUCGACUGGAAGCGAAACGUGAGCCGAUUCUGGAGGAGGAAACCCUUUAACGCAGCGUCCCGUCUGCAGCGUUUCUGUUCCGCCUGUGUCUUUAGGCCGCACAAUAAAGCACUUCACGCCAAAUC